GAGAUCCGCAGGCUAUCAAACAACAAUCUGCUGUUUCUUCUCUGUACCACAGGUGGUAUAUGAAAAAUGGAGAAGGUGGGUAAAUAUGAAGACAAAAGCAUUGAGGUUUUUCUCAAAAACUACAAGCUUGGAAAAAUUCUUGGAGUUGGCUCAACUGCAAAAGUUAAGGCUGCAAGGCAUAAAUUAACUGGACAUCAAGUUGCCAUCAAGAUCCUCAACCAUCGCAAAAUUGCAAAAAUGGGUCUCGAACAAAAAGUUAGAAGAGAAAUAAAAAUAAUGAAGUUGUUUAAGCAUCCUCACAUAGUACAACUAUAUGAGGUUAUAGAGACACCAACUGAUACCUAUGUAGUGAUGGAAUACGUCAAAUCUGGAGAACUCUUUGAUUAUAUUGUGGAGAAGGGUAGGUUAAAGGAAGAUGAAGCUCGUAGAAUUUUUCAACAGAUAAUAUGUGGAGUGGAGCACUGCCACAGAAAUAUGAUAGUUCACAGAGAUCUGAAGCCUGAAAAUGUGCUUUUGGACUCCAAUUUCAAUGUGAAGGUAGCUGAUUUUGGUUUUAGCAAUGUGAUGUAUGAUGGCCAUUUCUUCAAAACUAGUUGUGGCAGUCCUAACUAUGCUGCUCCAGAGGUUAUUUCUGGAAAAUUGUACGCAGGACCUGAAGUAGACAUAUGGAGCUGUGGGGUUAUAUUGUAUGCUAUUUUAUGUGGUUCUCUUCCUUUUGACAAUGAAAACAUUCUUAUCCUUCGUCAAAAAAUAAAGAAUGGUGUGUAUAAGCUUCCAAGUUAUUUAUCGGCUGAGGCAAGAAACUUGAUCUCAAGUUUACUGAUAGUUGAUCCACUUAGACGAAUAACCAUGCCUCAAAUCCGCCAGCAUCCAUGGUUUCAAGCUCAUCUUCCUCGCUAUUUAGCUGUCAAACCAACUUCCACUUUGGGACAACUUGAAAAGAUCGAUGAGGAUGUUCUUCAAAAAGUAGUUAUGAUGGGAUUUAGUAAGGAUAAGUUGGUUGAAUCUCUUCAUAACAAAAGGCAAAAUGAGGGAACUGUGACAUACUAUUUGUUAUUGGGCGAUCGAUUCCCUAUUUCUAGUGGCUAUCUUGGUGCUGAGAUUCAGGAAUCAACGGAACCUAAGCAAAUGAAUCCAAUUGUUGGCGCACUACCUUCUUUUGAACGUAUGCAUAAUCAAGUUGUGGCUGUUGCACCUCAAAUUCCUAAUAAUGGGAAGUGGGCUCUUGGAUUACAGGCUAAAGCACAUCCACGUGAUAUAAUGAUGAAAGUGCUUAAAGUGUUGCAAGAAUUGAAUGUGUGUUGGAAGAAGAUUGGUGAAUACAACAUGAAAUGUAAGCUAACAUCUGAUACUAUAACACAUCACCAAGACAUGCCUAAUCAUUCAAUCAUGUUGAAGGUCAAUCAUGUCACUAUAUUCCAAAAUGUGGUCAAGUUUGAAGUUCAGCUAUAUAAAGUACAAGAGGAAAGGUAUCUACUUGAUCUGCAAAGGAUUCAAGGCCCUCAGUUUUUGUUCUUGAACCUUUGUGCCACUUUCAUAUCCCAACUUCGAGUCGUUUAAAGUAU